GAAAGCUAUUGAAAACCACCACUACUACUCUCCUGACUUUAAAGACAUCAAAAACCAAACGAUUACCUUAAGUCUUUCAAACGACUAGUCAAGCAACAGCUGACAGUUAUUUAAUAGACUUUUAAAGACAUUUUCAACAUCAUGUCUGAUUUGAAGGAUCUCGAGACCAGCAGGGGUGGUAUUCUGCGAAAGCAGAAUUCUGCCCCUUCAGGUUCUCGGGUAACCUUCGCCCGUCCGCGGGCUGAACCGGAUGUGGAAUUGAGCCAUUCAGUUGGUAGAUGGACUGAGAGCAUGUCUACUAGACCAGCGCAGGGGCCAAAAGGCUGGUAUGUACGAGAUACAUACCGGGAGUUGGCCUACGCUCCACCCUCAUAUUAUCCCAAAAUGUUUAUCCUUCUGGGGAAAGCAGAUGAGGGGGUCCCUGCAGGUGUUAGACAGAAAAAGCUUACAUCAACUGAGAGGCUCAGGAUGUCCAUGACUAGAAUGGAAGCCUCACGAAGGGCCCGUUUAAACUCGGAUGAGGAGGCACGUUGGGCCCUUCUACAGAUUUUGAAAGAUUGGUGUGGCCCUGAAGCUGAUGAACGAGAUAAGAUCACGGGUUCAUCAGCUGAGGGGCUCGUAAGUCUCGUUGAAAGCAGUGGGGAGCGAGAUGCUCAACUGAAGUUGUGCGUCUCUGCCCCCGCAGCUUUCGAAAUGUGGGCUGUCCCUCCGGGGAUAGUUAAUGAUGAUGAGUUGGUCCCUGCAGCUGGUAGACAGACUGCCAUGUCUACACCAGCUCAGGGGAAAGAAGUAACAAGCUGCGGUGAACGAGAUUCACAACGGAGGUUGUGCGUCUCUGCACCCGCAGCUUGCGAAACAAGGUUUGUCCUUCCCGGGGCAAUUGACGAUGAAGAGUGGGUCCCUGCAGUUGUGUCUACAUCUGCAGCGACUUUAGAUGAAGAGGAGAGAAGCUUACCAGGUCAGUGUAUUACACCAUAAUAAUGACACCCCAAAAAGUAUUGUUUAAAUUAAACAAACAAACGUAAAAUGAGAACGAAAGAAAACAACUCAAAGGCAAAAAUCUAACACGGGUUUCACAUUAUGUCUUAACUGUUUUCUAAGCAAGGUUUUCUUUUAAGGUUUAGAAAUUUACAUUCGCCAUUCUGGCACAAAUCUCUCGUGUGGGCAGGACUUAACCAUACUUUAAUCCCAUUGGCUAGUGAGAUUUGAAUUACAGAUCUCUGAUCAGGAAUAAGGGUGGGACAAUAAAUUGAUAUGCUGAUUGAUCAUUGUCUGUCUUCGUGCGUUACAAGAAUCCAUAUUGUGGCAUCAAAUAUCGAUAUAAUAAAUUAAUAAACAUGACUGUAUAUAUAUUUCCCAGUGUUAUUAAUUUAUGGGUUUCCAAAAAACCCCUAUCGAUCGGGCUCUAAUCUGGUGGUAACAUCUGUUGUUCAUCUUUUCUAUUUUUGUCUUUUAGAACCAAAACCAAAAAGCCGGAAGAAAAUCCGUGCUUUCUUGCGCAGAGCAUUGCAGGCUAUCAAAAAAGCUUGCUGUUGCUGUGGAAAUGAGGAUAUAGUGGAGCCAUUUUGAUCCUCAGGUGCCCGUAUAGAUGAAGCUGAUGUGUAGAACGGUUCUGGUCUUAAGCAAACGGGUUUUUAAGAACCACCCUAUUGCCGGUCAGGUUCGUCAUUCCUUGGAUAUAUCAGCUUUCCAAGAAGCAGCUGAUCAUAUGGUCCAUUCGACCAUCGCCCAUGUGCUCCGGCAGAUCAGCUGAUUUUAAGUCGGGUUCUUCUUACCUGCACCGAGCUCGUGAUAAAACACUGGCAGUAUAGUCCCUUCGGACUCGAGCCGGCGAGCUCUUUUCCUUGGAAACAUGCCCGUUCCAAGAAGAGGAUGAUCUUAAAUGUGGUUUGUCUGCCACGGGCGUCAUGCUCAACCGAUCAUGCUUAUUAGUCAGUCAGGUUUGUGUAACCUGCACGAGCUCGUAAGAAACACAGGCAGUAUAGUCCCUUCGGACUCGAGCCGGCGAGCUCUUUUCCUUGGAAACAUGCCCGUUCCAAGAAGAGGAUGAUCUUAAAUGUGGUUUGUCUGCCACGGGCGUCAUGCUCAACCGAUCAUGCUUAUUAGUCAGUCAGGUUUGUGUAACCUGCACGAGCUCGUAAGAAACACAGGCAGUAUAGUCCCUUCGGACUCGAGCCGGCGAGCUCUUUUCCUUGGAAACAUGCCUUUCCAAGAAGAGGAUGAUCUUAAAUGUGGUCUACGGACCACGGGCGUCAUGCUCAACCGAUCAUGCUGAUUAGUCAGUCAGGUUUGUGUAACCUGCACCCAUCUCGUGAGAAACACAGGCAGUAUAGUCCCUUCGGACUCGAGCCGGCGAGAUUGUGGAACCAGACUAUUGCCAGUCUGGUUCAUCAUCUUUGGACAUAACAGCUUUCCAAGAAGCAGCUGAAUGGUCAGGUUCAUCUAGCCUGCGGUCAAGCGAUGGUGAUCGUGAGUAUAAUGUUAUUGUGUUCUGACCUUUAUUGUUGGCUUUAUUUUUUUCCCUUGUCAACUGUUUCUCUCCUUAUUUUUCAAAUCUCUGUCCAGUUUUGUAAUACAUGCAUUUUAGGGGUGUCACGAUUCGUUUCUCAAUUUUUACUUCUUUUUUUAAGACAAAAAAAUGCUAUGCCUAUUAUUAUUAUUAUUAUUAUUAUUAUUAUUAUUAUUAUUAUUAUUAUUAUAG